GGCGUGAUGGGUCCCAAGUGAUCGAGAUCCAGGAAAUGACAAGCGUCCACAGUCGCAUGGGAAGUUAAAUUGUGCUCACAUUCGGCGAGUGAUAAGUACGAGCAUCUCCGAUAUGCUCACGCGAUGACCGAACAGCAAUUUAACCGUGGGAUGGAUAGCAAUAAAUCCGUUAGAACUUGGAGUGCUGCCUGAGAAAUAAUCUUCAGGCUGUGGAAGGGAGGAAAUCAAAUGCCUUUGAGACUUACCAGAAACAUUGAAGAAAUGGGUCCCAGGAAGAAGACCUUGAAACUUCAACCCUUAGGGGCCAACUGUGGAUGGGAAGUGCCUCUGAGGCCAAAUGAGCCCAAAGACUACAUCAAUGAACUGUCCCAUGAAGUUCUCUGUCAUAUAUUCAGGUACCUUCCUAUGAAGGACAUCGUAUGCAUGGAGUGUCUGUCUAGAAAGCUCAGAGAAGCUGUCACCCUCUACUUGCGAGUGAUCAAAGUAGUGGAUCUUUGUGCUGGUCACUGGUGGGAAUAUAUGCCCUCAGGUUUUACAGAUAGCAGUUUCUUGCUUCUUUUGAAGAAGAUGCCUGACCUGGAGCAACUAUAUGGCCUCCACCCCAGAUACCUCGAGAGGAGACGAGUCCGAGGCUGCGAGGCAUUCAGUAUACCUGGUGUGGUGGAGGCACUCCAAGCCUGUCCCAGUCUGUUGGGUGUCGAGACAUCCCACCUUGAGCUGGUGGAAGCCAUUUGGAACUACAUGCCACAGGUUCACAUACUCGGGAAGUUUCGCAAUCGUAACGGAGCGUUCCCGAUUCCUGCUGAGAAUAAAUUGAUCAUCCCCAUUACUGCAAAAAUUCAGACACUUCACCUUGUGGGUGUAAAUGUCCCAGAGAUCCCUUGUGUGUCCAUGCUGCGCCACCUUUACCUAAAGUGGGUCCGUCUCACCAAACCUCAGCCAUUUAAAGAGUUCCUCUGUGUCAGCCUGAGAUCGUUUGUCAUGCGGAACUGUGCAGGUCCAACCAACUCCCUCAAAUAUGUUCCCCUGGUUACUGGUUUAGCUUCAGCCCGAAAUCUCGAGCAGCUGGAGUUGGUGAGAGUACCCUUCCUUGGAGGGCUCAUACAACAUGUGGUGGAGGACAGUUGGAGAUCAGGAGGAUUUCGGAACCUCCACACCAUUGUGUUUGGAGCUUGUAAAAACGCCCUGGAAGUGGACUUGGGCUACCUGGUCAUCACUGCUGCUCGCAGACUGCACGAGCUGCGUAUCCAGCCAUCCUUGACUAAAGAUGGAGUGUUCUCAGCUCUCAAGAUGGCUGAACUAGAGUUUCCUCAGUUUGAUACCCUUCAUCUUGGAUAUGUGGAUGAAUUCCUGCUCCAAUGUAAGAUGAGUCAUUCAGAGCUGGUGAAGUAUGGUCUGGCCGAUGUGGUAGAGAACCCCGGCAUCAUCACUGAUAUCGGAAUUAAAGUGGUGAAUGAGGUGUUCAGUAAUAUAAAGUACCUGCUUAUCUACAAUUGCCCUCACCUUCACAACCCUCACCAUUGGAUUACAGAUCAGUCCAGAUGGAGCCGACUUGUUGACCUCACACUGGUACGCUGUCACGCGAUCAAAUUGGAGUCCUUCUCCCAAUUCAUCGAAGCAUUGCCGAGUUUAGAGUUCAUAUGUCUGGACCAGAUGUUUCGAGAACCACCAAAGGGCUGUGCCAGAGUGGGCUUGAGUGCAGGAACUGGUAUUGGUGUGUCCUCGGCUCUGGUCAGCAACCAGAACUCAAACAAUGACAACAACAAUAACAACCACCACCACCACAACAACGAGGCCAAUUUGCCUCCUCCGCCUCCUGCACACCCGCCCCCUCCCCCUCCCCCUCCUCCUCCACCACCACCUCCACCUCCACCGCCACCUGUUUACAACAUCCAAAGGCAACAGCAGCAGCGUAAUGCACCAGUGGAGGUCAACGGGAUAGAGGAUGACGAGGAGAACAUGCAGGCAGAGCUACAAAUGGACAUCAAAGGUGCUGAUGUGGCUGUAGCAGCAGAUUGUGAUGAGGUUGCAGGACCCAGUUAUCCUGCUGCUUCACCACAGCCUCCUCAUGGCGAUGAAGAACAAGCAGGUCCCAGUGGUUUGGUCCAGCAGUGUAGACCACCUGGUGUGGUCAUUCCGAAGCCCCCACUGGUCCUCUCUGACUCGGACAGCGAGGAGGAGGAGGAGGAAGGCUUAGUUUCAAGGCUAAUAACUCCAGCAGCUUCCUGUUCACAGCAACCUAUUUCUUGCACAGAAGGUAAAGGAAAGACUCCUCUGCGGCGGACCAAUAACAUGCCCGCAUCAGCGUCGGCCUCGUGGAAUGAAGCGCAACCUCCUGCCUCAGAGGGCCGCUGUGAGAAGAGCUGUCAGGUGACCAGUGAACAAAUCAAAGCUGACAUGAAGGCUGCAUCCGAGAACAGCCGGAGGACUAGCAGUAAAGGAGUUAACACGGACUCAGGGGAGACUUCAACGAGGCCAGGGCAGAACAGCGCAAUGCACAGCACCGGUGUCAAUGGAGCAGCAGAAAGGCCGGGGACCGAAUGCGUGGGCAAGAUUGAACCAGGGGUGGCCCCGGGAUGUCAGAAGGCAGAUAGGGCGAGUGGCAGGGCUAACGGGAGCACAGAAAACCACUCUGGAACACAUAGGGUUGACGGGGAAGGUGGAUUAAAGCAAACCUCUGGCACUGCGCGUGGAGCACAUCUGGAAUCCAGAGGCUCUGAUGAAAACACGACUUCAGGUCAACCAGCUGGUCAGAAACAUAGACGAAUACCUGUUGCUCAGCGUUCAAGUUGUAAGCGAACUCUGGCCAGUGAUGAGAACUCUUGCUUACCCAGACGACCUGUGACCCGGUCCUGCACUCGUAUGUCCUCUGUAACCCUGAUACCUGAGACAGAUCUUCCAAGAACCAGGCCUCGGGUAGCAACAAGGAGGAGAAGAAUGGCGGACAAAUCAACCAGUACUUCAGACCCGGUGACAGAGGAUGACCACAUGCAGGUAUUGACCCUGAAGAGUAAGAACCUGGUGGGCAUCACCCUGACCAACUGCGGAAUCACCGACCUGGUCCUUAAAGACUGCCCCAAGAUGAUGUUCAUUCAUGCUACCCGAUGCCGAGUGUUGAAGCAGCUGCGAGUGGAAAGCGCUCCUAUUGUCAACAGGUUUGACUAUGCGCAGUGUAAGAAGCUGAACAUGGAACAAGUCCUGGAUCAGAUUCUGAGAAUGCCUCCCGAGCGCAACCGCAUCAUCUACAUGCGUCCUAUGCACCAGAUUGACUCCGUGGGAUUGGAACGUCAGCUCUUCCAGGGUCCCUAUCCCUAUCACAUCGCUAUAGUUCAUGAGUUCAGCAACCCUCCAAAUAUACGCAACAAGGUCCGCAUUCGCAGUUGGAUGGACACCAUAGCCAACAUCAGCCAGGAGUUAAUCAAGUACGAGUUCUUCCCAGAGGCCACCAGGACCGAAGAGGAUGUGAAGAAGUAUCCCAAGUACCCCUGGGGCCGAGACAUUUAUACGCUCGAGGGUCUGUUGGAUGGCGCCCCCUACAGCAUGAUAACAGACUUCCCCUGGCUCAGGACCCUGAGAGCAGCCGACCCGAACAACUACGCCCGCUAUGACUUUGAGGACGACGAAAGCACCACCAUCUACGCCCCGAGACGGAAGGGUCAGCUGUCGGCCGACAUCUGCAUGGAGACCAUCGGGGAGGAAAUCUCAGAGCGGCGACAGAGCAAAAGAGGAGUUUUUCAGAGAGUGGUGGUCGUCUUCCUCCAUCACUGCGAUACGCCGGGCGAACCUGUCGACGACGACUACAUCUAGGACAUUCCGUGCGUCGUGAGGCUCGUGUUCAUUUGGGUCACGGCGGCGUCGAGAUGCCAGGCGGGUCAUUUGGACCUGCAGCGCACGCUUGAAAGUGACUGUGGGGUGGGGCCAAAGAGAAUUACACUGCAAAAACAGGCACUUUGUGAACUUGACUCCAAAUAAUGGGAUCUUUUGUCUUACCUGUUUCUUUUUUUUUUUUUUUUGCGUUCAUGAAGUAUUUUCGAUCAUGCUCAAGCUUCAUAUGACGCCCCCCUGCCCAAUUUGAGCCGCAGAAUUCCAUUACACCGAAAGAGAAGUUUACAAAUACAUAUACAAGUAUUAUAGUCAUGGCUUCCAUGUGGUUGGAUAUGUUACAUCGUUUUUUGUUUUUUUUGUUAUGUUUUAGAGAUUGACCAUAUAUCAGAAACCAAUGAAAGUUUCUUAAGACUACCGGCAGAUGAUUCCUAUUGUCAUAUUAGGUCUCUGUACAGACACAUUUCCACUCUGGAAUUAUCGGUACCCAAGUUUCCAUUUCUGAUAAAUGGCUUGACAAUGAUCAUUUAAAAGGUGUGUGCAAUGCACGAGAAAGCAACAAAAUUGUAGUCUCCUGCAUGGAAGUGCACUGCAUCCAUACAGUCAGCUAAAAGUUUGAAUGCGGUCACUUCAUGACUUAACCGUUGCCUGUCCCUCGUGCCUCAGGGUUGCUCAGACCCAAAUCUGCAAAGGAGAAGUUUGGAAAUAAAAUUGCAUCCAAUUUAUUUAUUUCUUUUUACUGUGAAGGCCUUGGGUUUCCCCACAUUUCAUCCAGAAUUAUUCUGAGGCACUUACAGCGCCUUGAUAGUCACGACUGAGUUGGCGUCAGGGCCAGAGGGCAUUUUUUGACAUGAAGUUGGGUUGAAACUCAUCCUGCACAUGGCUUCGACCCAAUCGGACGUGGAUCGAUUUGCAGUGUGGAAUUUGUCAGUGGUGGUUCGCUUUUUGGUGGGGUGGAGGUUGAUAAAUGUCAACAAAUAAAACUUGUGAUUAAGAGUGAAAGGACAGAGAAAGACUAAUCCAUCCCCACCCAUUAUUUUUGUUUUGCGAUAUUUUUUGUUGUUGUUGUUGAAUUGUACAGACUUUGUAGAUAGUCAUGUUCCUCCAUGCUGUUUCUAUGUUUAUAAGAAAAAGCUAUUUCACAUUAAGAGGAAAAUAAAACAGCUGGAAAUUAA